AAAAACGCCAGAAUCAAGAGAUAUAGAGAAAAUGUGAUGAAGUUGAGCAGACAGAACAUCAGAACACAAUUUUAAGAGUUUAACUGAGAUAUUAUCUGAUCCUAAACAUUGUUUGUUUUUUAAUUCAGAAAUUGCCUUAGAGACAUCAGCUACAGUAAAAGAUAUAUUAGAAAGUAAAUUUGUUGGUGCAAAAGAAGAAGACAUAUUAGAAGAUACAGUUGGAGAAAAAGUUGUUUUGAAAAAAUUAGAAAAUAAUUCUGCUUUAGAAGAAUCUGUAGAAGCUGACGAAGAUAAGUAUUGA